AUGUCCCAAAAUUAUUAUUAUGAUCAGCAAGUACAAAAUUACGAUAAUUACGUGCAUGUUCAAAAUUCCGAACAGCAACAAAUUAAUCAAGAAAUUAUUGCAUUGCCAGUUAUUGAAACAAGUCCACCAUUUCAAAAACAACAACCUUGCCAGUUAGUUUAUGUUAAAAGUAGCUCACAUAUAUCGUCUUCACCUUCACCUUCACCUAAUGAUGAUAUUAAUAAUAAUUGUCAUAAAUGUAAUCGCGAUUUAAAUGUUUCUACAUUAAAUUGUGGAAACAACAAUAAUGACCUCUUUUCAUUGAUGAUCCAUCAUAUCACAGCAAUUAAAGACCAUAGGAUGAAGAUUAGUCAACAUAUUUUUGAGUUGGAACAAGUCAUCAAUAUGUUAAGACAUAUUGAUGAUCAAAAUAGAAAAUAA